AUGUCUGGCGACGACCAGACGACUGCUUCUAUGCUGCGGCGGGUGCGCGUGUCGUAUGUGGACUAUGGAACCAAAGUGCAGGCGCUCACCGCCCUCUGCUACCCGCGUUUCAGGAACGACCUCCCUCUAUUGGCAGUGGAGCUGCUGUGUUUCAACUCCUCCCGCCUCCUUGCCUUCAUUGACCUCCACCCCACGUCGCCCCACCAGCUGCACCGCCUCACCCAGGGUCUCCUUAUACCUGCACCAGUCACAGCCCGUCUGAACACUAUUCGCCAGCAGCACGCGCAUCUGCUCACGCCCAUGACUGCUCGCUUCUUUGCCUCUGACUCGCACUUCUUCUCGCCGCACCUGCUGCUCUACCGCUCUCAGGACGGCUGGUCCGAUGCCAACCUGCUGGACGGCUGGGCCGAUGCCAACCUGCUGGUGAGGCGCUGCAUUGCUGUUUGUGUGGGUGUGGCUGGAUUCAGUGCGGUACCCUCUGGCUUGCUUCGCCUCGCCCCAUCUGCUGCUCUACCGCUCGCAGGCCAGCCCCCCAGCGGCAGUGUGUGGCAGCUUCUCACCGAGUACCUCGCAGCCUACCACGACGCAUGCAUGGCGUGUUACUGCCAGGGGACGCAAGCAGCAGGGCGGGCAGAUGCAGAUUGCCAGGGGGAGGCAGCAGGGCGGUCAGCACCACCAGCAGAGGCUGAUCGCUGCGGGGCAGUGGAGGGGCAGAGGGCGUUUGAUGAGUACUUUGAGCGCCACGACCCUGCUGUGACCAUGCUGGGGCAGCUGUUCGGGGAGCAGGUGAGGCUUGUUGGUGAGCUGUUCGGGGAGCAGGUGAGGGUGGAAUGCUCCAUGGCUCUGCACAUCACAUGCGUGUUGGGUUACCAUCUGGGGCAUUCAUCCGAGUUGACUUUUGAGUCGAGUCAAAAGUCAACACAUCACAUGCGUGUUGACUUACCAUGUGGGGGCAUUCAUCCGUUUGAUGAGUACUUUGAGCGGCACGACCCUGCUGUGAACAUGCUAGUCCAGCUGUAUGGGGAGCAGGUGAGGCUCUUGUGCUGCCGCUGCUGGGAGGAGGUGAGGCUGUAUGGGGAGCAGGUGAGGCUCUUCUUGUGCUGCCGCUGCUGGGAGGAGGUGAGGCUGUAUGGGGAGCAGGUGAGGCUCUUCUUGUGCUGCCGCUGCUGGGAGGAGGUGAGGCUGUAUGGGGAGCAGGUGAGGCUCUUCUUGUGCUGCCGCUGCUGGGAGGAGGUGAGGCUGUAUGGGGAGCAGGUGAGGCUCUUCUUGUGCUGCCGCUGCUGGGAGGAGGUGAGGCUGUAUGGGGAGCAGGUGAGGCUCUUCUUGUGCUGCCGCUGCUGGGAUGCGCAAGGGCUGUUGGGGCUCUGCACAUGA